CUCCCACUUAUUUAUCACAGAUAUUCUGUUCUUUUCUAGCCAGGAAUUUCAGAAGCAGUGAAAUGAAAGGAUAAAAAGAAAUUGAUUUAAUUACCUGUAAUUAUUUUUCCAGCCGGUGACCUUCUUUAGAACGAAUGUAUUAAUGUAUGACAAAGUUAGUUACAAGUAUGUCCAACACAAAAGUGCCUGAAGUCGAAAAUUUUCCAAAAUCUGGGAGAGUCACUGAGGUUUGCCAAGAAUGGAUGGUUAGAGAAGACAGUGCUCUAGCUUAUCGCCUUCAAGAUCAAGAAUUUAGCGAACAUUUUUCUGGUAACAAGUUUAGAAACGCGUUAGUUCGUGAAGAUUUUCCAAAAGCAAAAGAUGAGCAAGUUAGGGAACAGAAAUUGGCAGAACAAGCUGCUGCUAUUUACCAAAAAAUGUUGGCAGAACAAGAAGAAAUGGACAAUAAACUAGCUAAAGAGUUAUCCGAUCGAAUUGAAAGAGAAGAAUGGCUUAAAAGGAAAACCAUAGAAAUGCAAGACCAAGAAGUAGCAAAACAACUACUAGAAAAAGAACAGACAAAAGUUGAAAAAGUACAUCAUUCACAAUCACCAAAUCCAGCAUAUUCUCCUCAAAAAGUGCCCAGUUUACCACCCAAAUAUGAUAACCCGAUUUCACCACAUCGCCCAAACGCACUGAAUUACCAAGCGAAUUUACCAAGAAGACAAGCUCUACCAAUGCCUUUACCACAAAAAAACCAGUACCUUGAACAUUACAGGUCUCAACCUCAACACGAUCCGGUGGAUGAAAUAAAUAGUGCAGAAUUAUAUAAUGAACCAUAUUUAUCAGGUCAGCAGUUAUCGGAUCAACUAAACAGGAUAGAUUUAGCAGAUAUAGGUUCUGACAUAGGCAUACCAUUAGAUGAAGUUACUGAACGUCAAAUACAAGAGCAAAGAGAUGCUGAAUUGGCCAGGAAACUUCAAGAACAAGAAGGUUAUAUAGAAGAUAGGGAUAGAUUGCUAGCAAUUGAAGCUCAAGACAAGGAACUGGCUAAGCUAUUACAAGAAAGAGAAAGAGCUAAAGCUAAACGUGCCAGGGAAAGAGCAAAACAAAAAGCUUUAGCCAAAAAACAACAGAUGGAACAACAAGAAGAUCUGAGAACACCUCAGGAACGUGAUAGCCAUCAAAUCAUGCCUGAUGAUUCCUAUGCAUUUCCUGCCGAUAUCGUGCCACAUCAAAAUACAUCUGUGCCUAGAACAGUUGCAGCUCAUCCUGAUUUGUAUGCUAUACCUAAUCCUGACGAGGAUGUAAGUUACAGUCUUCCAGUCGAUGUUUUGCCCAGUGGAGGCGCAGUUGCCAAUAAUUUUAAAUCAAACUAUAGUCCUAGUAAAUUUGAUUAUAGGACUGAAGUCAAAGAAGUCAAUCAUUUAGGUGCUAUAGGUCCCAAUCCGUCCGUAGAUAAGGGAAUUGCUCUAGGUCUGCCAGCCAAUAGACCUACCCAUUUAGAUUUAAGAUCCCCUUUAUCCCGAAUUAACAAGCCCCGUUACCCAGACCCAGAAACCUGUGAUAGUGUAAGCCCUUCGAGUAGUUCACCGGCUCAGCAACAUACGAAUAUUGCCAUGGCCAUUGAUCCCACAUAUUCCAGAAGAGCCUAUCGAGGUUCUUCCAGUUAUGAUACUGCGUCCAGCACCGUAACCACCAGCACUUCAAGCAGUAGUCCCGGUAUAUUACCGCCUCCUGAUUUGGCAGAACAUGACGAUGACAGCCCUGCACCACCUUAUAUGCCCAUUCAAGGUCAAAGGAGAACAGCAAGUUUAGAAAAGAAGCAGAAAAAGAAAAGUAAGGAUGGCUGUAAGCAGCAGUAGUAUAAUGCUAGUACAUUAUUUAUGAUUUAGUUUUAAUUUAUUUUGCAAGAGCUAGUGAUGAUCCUGAAUAUCAUUUCAAAAGUUUAAUUAUAAACUUUCUGCCAUUUAUACGAAACAAAAACCGACAUAAGUCAUAGAUGAGAUGAAAUUAGAAUUAAUUAGCUGAAUCUCAGCUUCCUCUUUUCUUGUAUGUAGGCUUUAAACCCUGUUUCUUCUUCAAUGUUAGCCCCAUAAAUUGUUUAAAUUAUCGCACCAUCUUUUUCUUGGUCUGCCAUUACUUCUUUGUCCAUUUGGUGACUUAUCUCGUGCUAUUCGUACUAUCCUAUCCUCUGCCAUUCUACUAAUGUGUUCGUUCCACUCCUGUUUCCGUUUUGUCACCCAUCCAUUUAUGUCUUCUACAUUGCAUGCUCUUCUUAUGUUUUCGAUAUUUCCCUAUCUAACAGACUUUUCCCUGAUAUUCGUCGAAGUAUUUUCAUCUUUGUUGUUUCCAGUAGUCGUCUCGUUUUAGAUGUGUCAGGUCUUGUCUCCGCCGUGUAUGUCAAUAUAGGUCUAAUUGCUGCUUUAUAGAUUCUUGCUUUUGUGACUUGUCUUAGGUGUUUUUUCUUCCAGUUUGUGUCAUUAAGAGAUCCCGCCGCUUUACUAGCUUUUAAUCUUUGUUGUCGUACUUAUUCUUCAACAUCUCCGUAACUAGUUAUAUCUAUUCCCAGAUAUCUAAACCUUGCUUCCUGUUUUAUUAUUUUCCCAUCAAUUUCGAUUUUACAUCGUAGUGGGUAUUUAGAUGUCAUACAUUUGUUUUUUUCUGCUGAUAUUAUCAUAUUCUAUUUCUUGGCUGUUGCAUUGAAGAUGUGUGUUAAUCUUUGGAAUCUCAUAGCAAUAGUGGCCAAACGUUAUAAAAUUCUUCUGUCACAGUGUUAGUUGCCAAACUCCUCCGAUACGUCUAGAGGUGGGAAAGUAUUAAUAUAAUGUAAAUUUAUAUUUUACUAUUGUUAAUUUCUCACCUCUAUUAGUUUCAUAUCUUUUUAUAUUUCACAACGUAUUGGUCUUUUACGUUUUUUGCCGAUUAUAAGCGCACUCAUCACUGUACUACUUUGCCACUAUCGAUAGUUUCUCACCUUUAGACGUAUUGGAGGAGUAUGGCAACUAAUACUGGGACAGGAGAACUUUAUAAAAUACUCCUUCCACAGUGCUAGUUGUCAUAGAUGCCUUUCCGAUACAUCUAAAGGUAGGACACCAUCGAUAAUGGUAGUGGAAUGUGAACUUAUAGGUUUCUAUCGAUAAUUUCCCACCUCUGGUAGUUUCAUCUCUUUUUAUAUUUCACAACGUAUUAUAUUUUCCAUCGUUUGCGUUAUUUUGCCGGUUCUUAGCGCACUCAUCACUGUAUAGAUAAGUAAAUAAUUGUGUUUAGUGAAAUAUACAGUAUGUCCCUGUAAGUUGUAUCCAUAUGGAAAACUUUUUUAUUAUCAAUUUUUCGAAAACAUUUAUUCUUUAUAAAAAGUUCUGCAUGGUCCAAAACCCAAGAUUCAACCAUCAGAUAUCAAAUUUUAUGAAUGUUAUACGAGGUAUGUCAAAAAGUUUGAAUUUCACUCAAGAGUAAAGUAGCUUUAUUUUUCACAAUAUUGAAAAUUGCUAUUAUGAAAAGUUGUUUGGAAUUAAAAACUAUAUUCUAAUAUGCAAUUACAUCCUUCUAAUUGAAAAAUUUUUUUUUUGAAAAAUUAUGGAUAAUUAACAUUAUUUUCAGAUAUUUCAAUCCUCAUAACUCUUUUAUUAUUAAUUUUACGAAAAAAAGUGAUUCUUAAUAAAAAGUUCUGUAUGGUCUAAUACCUAAAAUACAACCAUCUUAUAUCAAAUUUUAUCAAUUUUAUACGAGGUAUGUCAAAAAAGAUAAAUUUAGAUCAAAAGUCAAGUACCUUUAUAGUUCAGAAUAUUUCAAUUAGAACGAUGUAAUUACAUACUGAAACAGCUUUAAUUCUUAAUAACUUUCUAUAAUAACAAUUUUCGAUAUUGUGAAAAAUAUGUGAACGUAUUUUACUCUUGAGCCAAAUUCAUAUAUUCUUUGACAUACCUCGUAUAAAAUUUAUAAAAGGACAUCGCACACAUCUUAUGGAAAAUAUAAUGUCACUCAAAUUCAAUAAAAUUUAUACGAAUAGAUUCGUUUUAAAUUAACGGUCAAAUCUUAUCAUUGCGCCAACUCCAUAUUUUCAAUAAUAAGAGCAGAAAUUGAUAUAAAUAAAUCUGAAAUCAAAUGGAUACGUACGUAAGUUAGAGAGAGAAAAAAUAUUUUAUAAUACCCAAAUUGUCGGUACUCCAUAAAUCAGCGGAUUAGUUUCACUAAUCCGCUUAGGCCCAGCGGGGUUUAAGCUCUUUUGAAUAGCACCCAGAGCAAUAGUGAUUGUAACUGACAGUUUUACUGACUCCAAAAAUGUGAUUUCGAUAAACUUUAAUUGCAAUUUGCGCCGUAAUUAAUCAUAAUUAAGAGUUGGCGCAAUGAUAAGAUUUGACCGUUAAUUUAAAACGAAUCUAUUCGUAUAAAUUUUAUUGAAUUUGAGUGACAUUAUAUUUUCCAUAAGAUGUGUGCGAUGUCCUUUGACAGAAGAUGGUUGUAUUUUAGGUUUUAGACCAUGCAGAAUUUUUUAUUAAGAAUAAAUUUUUUUUCGUAGAAUUAAUAAUAAAAGAGUUAUCUGAAAUAAAAUAACUGAAAAUAGUUAGGUAUCCAUAAUUUUUGAAAAAAAAUUUUUUCCAAUUUGAAGGAUGUAAUUGCAUACUGGAAUAUAGUUUUAAUUCCAAAAAACUUUUCAUAAUAGCAAUUUUCAAUAUUGUGGUGAAAAAUAAAGCUACUUUACUCUUGAGUGAAAUUCAAACUUUUUGACAUACCUCGUAUAAUAUUAAAAAAAUUUGAUAUUUGAUGGUUAAAUCUUAGGUUUUGGACCAUGCAGAGCUUUUUAUGAAGAAUAACUUUUUUUCGUAAAAUUAAUAAUAAAAAAAGUUUUCCAUAUGGAUACAACUUACAGGGACAUACUGUAUAUGCCAUAUUGGUUUUUGUUUUGUAUAAAUAGCAUGAUAGUCCGUUUUUUAACGGUAAAAUAUUGCAAAAUCUCUAAAUUUUAAAGAACCACUUGGAUUGACAUGAAAUUUGGCAUACACAUAGCUAACAAGUCAAAGAAAAAAAGUGAUAUUGUGCCGAUAUGUGCUUUUGCCCUGGGGGUGGUUUUUACCCCCUCUUGGGAGUGAAAAAAUAUUCGUCCAAAGAAAGUCAGGAAAUGGAUAAACUGGCUAAUUUAAGUAACUUUUGUUCUAUAGAGUUUUUUCACUAAGUCAAUACUUUUCGAGUUAUUUGGCAGUGAAUAUGUUCAUUUUUUCAACAAAUAACCACGCUUUUAGACGGUUUUUCGCAAAUAACUCAAAUAGUAAGUAUUUUGUCGAAAAAACGUUCUUGGCAAAAAUAUAGCCUGUAAAAUUUUUUAAAAAAUGGUGUAUAUAUCACGUCUCUACGCCUAGUAGAAGCAGAGUUAUAGCUAAUAAAAAAUAGAUUCAUAUUCGUCAAAUUCCAAAUGGAAUAUUUUAACGUGAAAUAACCAAAAAUGAAGCACAUUUCGGGGCAAACUCAUUACAACUUAUUUAAAGUGUUUAAAAAAAGCUUUAUUUUUGUUUUAUAAAAAAAAUUUCUAGCAUCAAAAUUAAACAAGUUACGCUCAAAAUAAAGUUAGUCCCUUUUGGUUUUGGUAAAAAAAUCGAGAAAAUCACUCCCUAAUUAGUAUCUUAAAUGAACUUAAUCGUUACGACUUCACAAGUUUCUUGACUCGUGUAUAUAUUGUUUAUAUUAUCUGUAAGUUUCAUCGGUUCAAAGUCCUUAUUAUUGAAAGGGCUGUAGUUAAAAGGGGUUGAACGAGUCACUGAUCACGAAUGUAUGCAAAUUUAGAAACACCAAAUCUUAAUCAAUUUUUGUCUAACAGAAAAACAAAAAAAUACAUGAUAUUCAGAAAAGCAAAUUUGACUUUUUUUGUUUUUCGAGAUUUUUGGUAUCUCUAACAAUUUUUAAGUUAUUUUGAAAAAGCAUAUUUUUCAAAAUUUAAAUUUUUAAAAAUUUUACUUUGAAACCAAAUUUUUUCAAAAAUAAGCACUUUGAAUCGAUGAAACUUACAGAUCAUAUAAACACAACAUAAGUAAAAUAAUUUGUGGAGCGGUAACGAUUAAUUUCAUUUAAGUUGCUAAUUAGAGGGUGGUCUUCCCGAUUUUUAUUUGAAAAAACAAAAGGGACCAACUUUAUUUUGAGCGUAACUUGCUUAACUUUAACGCUAGAAACUUUUUGUAAAAACAAAAAUAAAGCUUUUUUUUAAACACUAUAAAAAAGUUAUAAUGGGUUUUCCCCAAAAAGUGCUUAAUUUUUUGGAUAUUGCACGUCGAAAUGUUCUAUUUGAAAUUUGGUGAAUAUGAAUCUAUUUUUCAUUGGCUAUAACCCCGGUUCUACGAGAUCCAGAGACCUAACGCGUACACCAUUUUUUUUACUUUUUUAUAAGCUAUAUUUUUGCUAAGAACGUUUUUUUCGACAAAAUACUUACUUUUUGAGUUAUUUGCGAAAAAGCGUCUAAAAAUGUGGUUAUUUUGUUGAAAAAUGAACAUAUUCACUCGCAAAUAACUCGAAAAGUGUUGACUUAACGAAAAAGCUCUAUAGAACAAAAGUUACUUAAAAUUAGUCAGUUUACCCAUUUCCGGACUUAUUUUGGACAUAUAUUUUUUCACCUCCAAUAGGGGGUGAAAGUCACCCCCAGGGCAAAAGCACACAUCGGCACAAUAUCACUUUUUUUCUUUGACAUGUAAGCUAUACGUAUGCCAAAUUUCAUGUCAAUCCAAGCGGUUCUUUAAAAUGUAGAGCAAAAACCGUGAAAGAAUGGACUAUGAAACUCUAUUUUCUACUUAUUUACAAAUAGUUACUCACCUUCUUCACUAGCCUUCUUAUUAUUUCACGAGCAAGUCUUGGUAACUAUUUUAUUUGUUCGGUUUUAAAUUGUUUCCAAUUAUAGAUUGGAAUAUUUUCUUAUGUUUUGUAUAUUUAAUAAAUUUUCAAAUUAAUUUUAUGUUAUUUUUAUAUUGAACUAUACCAAGAAGUAAUGUAAAGUAUUGGUAUUAUUAUAUGAUUAAAAUCUGACAAUAUUGAAAGUUUUAUCAAAAUAUUAUUACCAAUUUAUAAGAAAAAUUACAAAAAAUAAUUAAAAUAUUUAUAUCAACCACUAUCAUAUGAAAUUAAGAUAUUGCACCAAAAUAGCCUACGAUGAUAUACAGUUUGUCUCAAAGUAGAUUUUAGUCCAAUCAACAAAACUCGGAUAUAAAACCUGUUAGGACUCAAAACAUGUAUUACUAUAGUAGAUAUACAGAACAUGCCUGGAAGCUGGAAUAUUGUUAAUAGAGUUGCGAAUGUUUUGCUUCUUCGGUGGUAACUGAUGGGUUAGCGCUGUCGAUGUUUUCUAAAUACCCCCACAGAAAAAAAUCUAUAGGGGUCAGGUCUGGAGAUCUUGGUGGAAAACGAAUAUCGCCAUUUUUUUUAAAUUAUUGUGUCUGGAAACAUUUCUGUUAGGGCGUUUAUUGAAGUGUUUCCGGAGCCAUGUGCUGGCUGGAUUAUACCUCGAAAAAUUAACUAAUUCUGGACGUAGCCAAUCUCGAAACAUGGAAAUAUAUCGUGCACUGUUGACAGUAGUUGGCGCGGAUCCCUAGCAUCUUCAAAAACGUAAUGCCCGAUGAUUCCCGAUGCAGACAUGCCACGUCAAACCAUCACCUUUCUUGAAUGCAACUGUUUCUGGUAUAUACUAAAUUUACAAUCAAGAUGCAGUAGAAAAAAUAAACCAAGACACGUUACAUGCUACUAGGAGCACUCCCGAAUCAUAAUUUACAAUGUAUAAACUUUGGAAAUCAUGAUUGGAUUUACAAUGUAUAUACAUUUUAAAUGAUGAUUCGGAAGUGCUCCUAGUAGCAUUUAACGUGUCUUGGUUUGUUUAUUUCUACUGUGUAUUUUUGCUUAUACAGAGGUUGUGGUCAUCAAUGCCCACUUGUUACUAGACAUUUAAACGUAGAGGCGAUAAAAUACAUCCUUGCCUCACCCCAUGUCGUAUUUCCACUGCUUCUGUCGUGUUCUGACCAAUUCGUAUGUUUGCACAUUGAUGCCAAUACAAAUUUUUGAUUAUAUUCAGGUUGUUGUCAUCAAUUCCCACGUGUUGCAAGAUAUCUAUUUUAUAGGGGUGAAAAGUUCAAUCCUUCUUGAAAAUACUCUGGGUACUGGUAGCAGACAAAUCUAGCACUUAUGUAUGUUUGCGAAAUGAACGCCAAGUAUUACGAUUCACAAUACGUCGAACUAUCUCAAUAUUGGGAGGAGUUCGAAUAGUUUUUGGUUUGCCUGAAUGUUUCACAUUUAUAACAAAUCCGUUUUCUCUAAAUUUGGUAAUGAUAGCGCAUCACCCUCGCGUUUAACUUUGUAAUGCAAACAAAAACUCCUUCAAGCAGCUGUAUAAGUUGGGAUCCGAAGGCGCGUGCAGCGGCAGUCCUCGCGCCAAACUUACCAGUUCAUAUGCCGUAAGAGAUAAAAUAGCAAUAACAUAGAAGACUUCUACUCAUUGUUACUCUCACUAGUUUAUAAGAAUUAAAUAUAUACAACCAAAGAAAAUCGAAAAUUAUAAAUAUUUUUACAAAAUUAUAAGUCACAGAAAAUAAGUAAUUGCUAAUUUUUUAAAAUAUCGAAUAAAAACUAGUAAUUUAAGAAGUUAUUAUUAUAGAUAAACGUAUCAUAUUGAAGAAAACUAAAUAUCAAAAACAGAAUAUUUGAUAGAUUUCACGUAGUGUAACAUUAUUUAAAAAAUAUAUGUCCGUUUCAAUUAAAUUUUUAUUAAUUAUUGUGCCAUUACGAUACAAUGAAUAUUUCUUUAGAAAUUUACGUUGAUAGUGUAAAUAAAAAUUAUAGAAAAAUGAUAAAACAUAUCUGCAACUGAAUAAGAUUCAUAAAAUCAGUAAGAAUUUUCUGGUUGAUGUAGUUUCCUCAUACUCAAUACUGUUUAUUCAUGUUAAUAAUAAACUUACGUGCAUAGAAAUCGGCCCACUUAAAAAUUUGGUAAUUUUUGAUGUCUCAUAUUUCCUAAACCUGUUGGCCGAUUUAAGUGAUUUUUUGAACAUGUUAUAGCCCGAUUCUUUAACAAUACCACUGUAAUAAUAUUGUUACUAAACAGGUAAAGUUUCAUUGUAUACCGAAUGUACCAAUCAAACUGUUUUUUUUUUUGUCAAAGUUCCCAUCACCCUGUGGAAUAUUCUAGCAUUUAUAAAAUACUAAAAUUAAAACCUAACUAUAGCGUCAGGUUUUCUUAACAUUCUGUUUUUUGAUUCAUUCGUUUAUAUUGGAUAAUAAAAAAGUUAGGUACUCUAACAACUAGACAUGUUCUUCAUCAAUAAACGGUGUUUCUAAAUAAGUGCGACAAACUUUAAUGGGUAAUUCUGCAUGAAAAAAUAAAGACAGUUGGCUUUAUAAACGUAUGUCCGCAAAUGUUUCGUUUCCGAGAUACGGGAUGUUGAAUUUUUUCUUACAAACUGAUGAUUUAUUUAUUGCUUUAAAACCAGUUGAGAUAUGCAAAUAAAAUUUGGUGGGUUUUAAGACGUAGUUAUUGCACAUUUUUUGACAUGCAAUUAAGAAUGUAUAAGAAUGUAAUGUAUUAAGAAUGUAAUAUUCACCAUUAGCGCGCAUACGUCUAAUAUGACCGAUCAUAUUACCUGUAUGCACGCUAAUGGUGAAUACAAAAUUCUUAGUUUUAUGUCAAAAAAUCCGCAAUAACUAUCUCUUAAAAACUACCAAAUUUUAUUUGCAUAUCUCAACUGGUUUCAAAGCAAUCAAUAAAUCGUCAGUGUGUAAGAAAAAAUUCAACAUCCCGUAUCUCGGAUGUUGCCAUACGUUUAUAAAGCCAACUGUCAUUAUUUUUUUAUGCAGAAUUACCCCUUAAAGUUUGUCGCACUUAUUUAGAAACACCAUGUAUUGAUGAAUAACAUCUCUGGGUGUUAAAGUGCCUAACUUUUUUAUUAUCUAACAUAAACGAAUUAAUCAAAAAACAGAAUGUUAAGAAAACAUGAGGCUAUAGUUGGGUUUUAAUUUCAGUAUUUUAUAAAUGCUAGAAUAUUCCACAGGGUGGUGCGAACUUUGAGAAAAAACACAGUUUGAUCGGAACAUCCGAUAUACAAUGAAAAUGUACCUGUUUAGCAACAAUAUUAUUACAGUGGUAUUGUUAAUGAAUCAGGCUAUAACCUGUUCAAAAAAUCACUUAAAUCGGCCAACAGGUUUAGGAAAUAUGAGACAUCAAAAAUGACCAAAUUUUUAAGUGGGCCAAUUUCUAUGCACGUAAGUUUAUAAAAUAUGGUACACACGUCAUAUAUUUACAAAAAAUUCAAUAAAAAUAAAAAUUAUGUUCUAAAUCUAGGUACUCCUGAAUAGUGUAAAAAGGUUUUAAAAAAGAGAAGCACUUUUUCAAUACGUGUGCUAGUUGAAAGAUGUAAAGAUGUCGAUAUUGAUGUAUAGGUACUUCUGUUUUAAAGAUUUUCAGAAGGCUUUUAACCUGGUGAAACAUCAUAAACUAAUAGAUAUUAUAAGGUCAUGUAUUAUCGAGGAUAAAGACUUACGGAUCAUUCCAAACCUCUGGAAAAAUCAAUAUCGAGAAGGGAGUAAGAUAGGGAUGUGUCCUGUCACCUGUGAUGUUCAACGUUUACUCAGAAGAUAUUUAAGAAAGCUUUGGAAGGCACCUUUGAAAGGGAUAUUAUAAUUAUAAACGGCCAAUGUAUAACUAACUUGCGAUACGCUGAUGACACGGUCAUUCUGGCAGAUAAUGCUGAAGAACUACAACACCUAAUGGACCGAGUAACGACAGCCUGUAGAAAAUUUGGAAUAAAAUUGAAUACAAAGAAAACAAAAACGAUGGUCAUCAGCAGGGAGCAAAACAAAAGGGUGAAGGUCAAUGUCGACGGAUCAGAUGUGGAAAGAGUAACAAGAAUAACGUACCUUGCAAGUAAUAUUGAUGAAACUUGGGACCACUCACUAGAGAUAGGAACACGUCGGGACAAAGGCACGUACGGUGUUUUCUUCUUCUUCUUCUUCUUCUUGUGCCACUCCUAUAGGAGAUUGGAAAUCAUCAAGGCUAUCCUGACCUUGUUUACAUCUGACCUAAAAAGAUUAGUGGUGCAGCCAAACCACUCUCUCAAAUUACGCAACCAUGACAUUCUUCUACGGCCUGGAUUGCGUUUUCCUUCUAUUUUUCAUUGCAUUAUAUUUUGAAGUAAUGCGUAUUUAUGUCCUCUCAUCAGGUGACCCAGAUAUUCGAGUUUUCUUCGUUUUAUCGUUAACAAAAUUUCUGGGUCUCUUCCUAUCCUUCGUAUUACUUCAAGAUUUGUAAUUCUUUCAACUCAACUGAUCUUCAGCAUUCGACGGUAGCACUACAUCUCGAAACUUUCAAUAUUUUUUAUGUUGUUCUCUUUGAGAGUCCAGGCCUCUACACCGUAUAAUAGCGUGUUAAACACGUAGCCUCUUAGCAUUCUUAAUCGUAGAGGGAUGCUUAUGCUUAUAUCUCUGUUGCAGAAGAAUUUUCUCAUCUUUAUGAAGGUGGCCCUGGCAAUUUCGAUACGUCUUUUUAUUUCAUUGUUUUGGCCUCCAGUUUCGUUUAUUAAAGUUUCCAAGUAUUUGUAACUUGAUACUUUUUCAAUGUGAAUGCCGUUUAUACUAAUAUGUGUUGUGUCAUGUUUUUACUGAAGACCAUAUAGUUGGUUUUUUUUGAUAUUGAUGUUUAUGCCAUAAUUGUUGCAAGCAAUAUUUAUGUUUGUAAGUAAUCGUUGUAAUUCUUCUACUGUUCUUGCAACUAGUACAGUGUCGUCCGGGUUUUUUUAUUUAUUACACACCAAUAAGAUGCUUAAGAACAUUACAAUCUGAUCAAAUAAUGUGAUCAAUGAGCAACUUAUUUCUAACCUAAAUUACUACUAAAAACUUAAGACUAAGGACAAACUCAAUAGUACCCCUUAGGUUCUGUUAAUAUCUUGCACAAAUGUUAACUUGUACCAUCACUUGCACCGUGCACUAUUUUUCACUUAACUAACUCGAAGGGUUUCUUCCUCUUGAGUCUUAUAGCUAGAUCCGUGUGGUCGAGGAGCUGGAUGGCCUCAACAUUGACGUGUUGAAGAAGUCGUUGUUCGUGAUUCUUUUACGUAACGUAUUAUUUACAACCUCUCCAUUGAUUACGAUUCCUUCGUUUGCUUGCAAAAGGGCUUCUUGGCAGAUGCUUUUACUAUAUACAUUAAAUAGCAGUGGUGACAAAAUGCAUCCCUGUCGUACGCCUCUACGUAUUUCUAUUGCUUGUGAUGUCUCAUUUUCUAUUUUGAUGUUAGCUUUCUGAUUCCAAUAUAAAUUGAGAAUUAUUCGUAGAUCUUUAUUAUCUAUAUCUUUUCUUUCAAGAAUGUCUCUUAGCUUAUCGUGGCGUACUCUGUCAAACGCUUUUUCAAAAUCGAUAAAACAUGCAUGUACUUCUUGAUUAACGUCUAGGCAUCUUAACAUGUAGGCAACGGUGUUUUACAACAUGCAAAAAGUUCUAUGCAACCGCCAGCUGGAUAUGUCAUUGAGAACUAGAAUACACUUUGCUCUGUGGUGUUGAAGCCUGGACAAUGACAGAAGCAACAUAAAAAAGAAUCCAAGCAUUCGAACUCUAGUGUUACCGUAAAAUGCUAAGAAUAUUCUACAUGAGCCAUACGACAAAUAGCUGAUGCUUAUAAUAAAAGAACAGAAAACAUAAUAUGUUGGUCACAUCGUAAGAAAGCACAAAUUAAUAUGAACUGCUCCAACUUAUAAUCGAAGGCAAAAUCGAAUAGCAAAGGGGCACCAGGAAGAAGACACAACUCAUAGGAAAUUAGUAUAACCUGUUGGGAAAACAUUCCCUGUCCCCAGGAGGUGGGAGUGCGAGGUCGUGUUUGAAGCCAUUCGAUACAAUUUGAAAAAAUAUUAAUCGCGGGUUUUUUUGUUUUUCAUUUGGAAGUGUACUUCUCGAGAUAUUAGAUCAUUUCUAUAAUUUUUCUAGGGUAUCACGAUAAAGCUUUUUUUUUAUUAUAGCGUCAUCUAUCAACGAUUCUAAAAAAUGUUUCAAAUUAAUGUUACUUAUUUUUCAUGAAGAAUUUAAACCUAAAAUAAAAAACGGGGGUUCCCAUUGAACUUUUCAAAGUUGCUACCGCCCCACCCUUGAGGGUGGAGAUGGUGUCAUUCGCUAGAUUUUUUAAAAAUAUUGAACACAUGUUUUUUUUUUCAGUUUUUCGAUCAGAUGUUCAUUUCGCAAAAUAUUCGUCCGUCUCAGUUCUUUUCAUACACCCUGUAUACCUUAAUAUACGUUUACUAUAUUGUAAAGGAAUUAUAAUCAACCGUAAGAUUCGUACUGGUUCUUAUAGUCUAAAUAAAAUAUUAACGUAUUUAUUUUGUAAUAUUUAUAUGUUAGGAUAGGUAAUAAUUUUAAUCAAAAUGAUAAUAAAUCUAGUUAUUUUAUUAAUAACACCAAAAAUAUAUGCUCAAUAUACUUAAGAUUUUAUUAUCGUCUAUAAAGUGGUUCUUAUCUUUUUUGAAAUACUUAUUUCACUUCUAUAUAAAAUUAUUUGUUUUACUUGUAAUUGUACGUAGAUUUAACGUAGAUUACGUAGAUUUAAUAUUUAAGGUAUUAUGUACUAGACAGUGAGCGCCACGCUAGUACACACACGGGUACCUAAUUGCUAGACUUGGGCUAAUCCAACCCGUUCUCACUUGUGACUUUCAUGUCUGCCAUGCCAUGUGAUUGUCAUGAAACUAUUCAAAUUAAUUGUUUUUCCAUACAAACAAUACAUUAAUUAAUAGUAUUCACUCUGCUUUAAAAAAUUUCUUCAAACACCAACAAUAUUACAAUAAAAAUAAAAAUGUAUACCAUUUUUAUUCAGUUGCAAUGCGAAGGCAAAACAAUCUUAUUUUUCACUUAGAAUACGGAGCGGAGUCCAGCACUCUGAAUCGACGAUUUUCGACUCUUAUUGGAGUCAUCAUCGGAGAGACGUAGGCCUGCUGCUCCAUACUCGAAGUGACCAACCAUGAAAGCUUAUCCCCACAUUGCAACUGACGUGUAUGGAUUAGGUAACUAGCGUCAUCUGGCAAUUGAAAGGUAAAGUUUUCAAUCCUAAUAGCAACAUUAAUAAUAUUGAAAAAUAUUAAAAAUAUUACUAAAAGAUUUUUAAAUUGAAAACUUAUUCGUACAUUUCCCUGGUGACACCUCCAAGGCUUCUACAAUAUGCAAGCCAGAUGGAUGCUGCAGUGAAGAAUAUUACCAUACUUUAUAACUUUUACAACUAUAACCCAAUGAGAACUAUAAACUUCAAAUACAACUACUGAUCUAUAAACUGUCAACUUUCUAUAUUUAUAUUGUUUUCUAUACAUUUUCUGACCGCCUAGAUAGAACUUAAAAUAAACAGUGCAACAAGCGAAGGGUCCACGACUGUAUUAGCUCAAUGUACCCGUGUGUCUAGUAGCGUAUGUGGCGGUUACUGUAUAGGUACUAUUAAAUUGUUAAUAGGAUAAUUAUGAAAUUUGUUUUAUUAGUUGGAAUGAAUCAUUCUGUAGAUCAGGGGUCACCAAUUAGCGGACCGCGGUCCGCAUGCGGACCGUGGGCUAGUUUUGUGCGGACCGUCAGUAAAUUCAGAAUAUACCUAGUGUUUGGCAAUUUUGAAAAUGUUUGGCCAUGAAAUUGUGUGCUAUGUUUGGCUCAACUUAUGUGUGAUGAAGUUUAUUAUAAAUCGGUAGAGAUCUCACUUAACAGAUGAAUAUCUCAACUCCCUAAUGAGACUCAGUUGCACUAAACUCACUCCAAAGACAGGUUGUACAUAAAAAAAAUGUCAUUUUUCUCUCUGAUAAUUUAAUUUUGUAGAGUUCCCUUAUUGUUAUACUUACUAAUCAUUAACUUUGAAAUUAAGUAAGCUGUAAUAUAAAAUCGCCAUGUGCAUUUUUUUAUAUUCUUUUCCUCUCUACUAUAUGUUAAGUAGGAGUAAUUUCGGAUGUUCAUUUAAUUAAAAUAAUUUUCAGAUUUAAUAAGUUUGCAACAAACACCUUGCAUUGAAACUAAUGUAGAAAAGAUAACAUGUUAAUUAGCAUUUUGUACUAUGAUUAUUUAUUUUAAAUUCCUCAGUUUCCUUUCUACAAAAUUGAAGAUGUCUAAAAACUUCAUUAGCAUUCAAAAUAUAAAUUCCUUUUAAAAUAUUCUCAGUAACAAUUUACAAUACUGCUGUUUUCAAAAUAUACUCAUAAUAACAUCAAAACAAUGAAUUUAUAUUUUAUUUGUUGUACCAGGAAAACUUACAGGAAAGUAUACAGUAACCAAAAAACAAUCAGAUAUUAUUAGUUUUCCUUUCCAUAUAAGUCCAUGUGUGAGGCCACUUUCGUAUGAAAAAUGUUUCUGACUCGAUUUCUUUGCGGAUUCCUGUUCAAAAAUAUCCCUUUAAACAAAUGAGAAGGGUGAAACAUUUUUUAAGCAAAUUCAAAAUUAUAUACUUUUUUGCCUCGAAAAAUGUAUUUUUAGGUUUCUUGAGUAAUUGUAAACAAAAAACGUCUCUUGUCAUAUUUCUGAAAUUUUCGAGUUAUAAGCGAUUUAAAAUCUGAAAAAUGCAAAAAUAUUCAUUUGCGAUGCUUGAAAACUCUUAAGUUCUAAUAAAGUGACAGAUAUUUUUUGUUUAAGAUGACAUAAAAAUGCUAAAAACAUAUUUUCGGGGGCAAGAAAGGUGAUGUUUUGAAUUUGUUAAAAAAAAUGUUAAACAAUUUCUGCCCAAAAAUUUCGCCCGGCACCCUUCUGAUUUGUGUAUAGGGGAUAUUUUUUAACAAGAAUCCGCAAAGCUACCGAAUCAAAACAGCCAGACAAAGGCAGCAUAAAUCCGGACCCCGGAAGUGUCAUAGGUUUUCGAAACGGACCCCCAUGGAAACUAAUUGGUGAUCCCUGCUGUAGAUGUUGCGAUAUAUAUCGAAUUCUAUAAAAAAAAAACAUCCACUUUUUGAUGCCAAAAACAUUAAUUAUGAGAUUUGUGGGCACAAUCUAGGGACCAAUUUUUAUUGUGCUUUAGUACUUAAGGAAAAAAUAGUGCGCCACUUGAAACGAGGGUAAUCCUAAUCAUGUCUUUUUUUUAUUUCAAAAAUCGAAUGAGCGAAAAAAUAGUAAUUUUGGAGUGUAAAAAUGGCGUGACUUCACUGUAGAAUCUUUUCAACAGCACGUACAAACCUACUCAGAUGUUGACAUACCUCUAACAUGAAUUUGUUUUCAGCUGUGUAGGUCUGUGUUGGUUUUGGAUAAAUCUUUUACUGCGCAAGUUUCCUCAAACUUAUUACUAAUUUAUUAACAGUGGACGUAGUUGACUAAGUUCAUUAGAUUUUCAGAAAAACAGAAGGCCUGACAACAAUGUAAAUAUCAGCAUAAUAUUGGCCGCACCACAAAACCCUUACACAAUAAAAUCUUUAAAAUCGUGAAUGCUGUUUCCGAGAUAAUUGAAUCUCUCCAUACUUAAAACUCAAUCUAUAGAUUGAGAAUGAAGAGAAAAGCAAAAGCAUUAUCUUAAAAGAAUAAAACAAUCAUAAAAAAGUGAGAAACUAAGAAAAGUAAAAAGUCUUUAAAACGUCAUAAAGCAAUUUAGGAUAUUUAUUUAUUUCUUGAAGCAGAAUUAAUUAUUAUACAGUGAUGAGCUCGCUAAUAACCGGCAAAAUAACGUAAAAGAUGGAAAACAUUAAGUUGUGAGAUCAAAAGAAAUGAAUUUAGUGGAAGUGGGAAAUUUAGUGAUAAAAACUUAUAAAUUUACAUCUUUAGACAUUUGAACAUUCUUUCCCAUCUUUAGAUGUACCUAUCAGAGGAGUAUGUCAACGAAAACUGUCACUGUGACAGUGGCAGUUGCCAAACUCAUCCGAUACGUCUAAAGGUGGGAAACAAUAAAUAGAAUAUAAAUUUAUAGUAGUUUAUUUAUACCUCCAGUAGUUUUAUUUCUUUUUAUCUCACAACUUAAUAUAAAUGUUUUCCAUCUUUUGCAUUAUUUUGCCUGUUAUUAGCUCGCUCAUCACUGUAUGUAUGAUUUAUCUAAUGUUCGCAUUUAUUAGAAUCAGUAUGUAUAUAUUUUUGUUAUGCUAUUUCAAAUAAUAUAAGAAUCACGAAAUAUUUAUAUUUACUGGAUCUGUGUUUGUUUGCGUACCAAUUUGGUGGAAGGUUUUAUAUUUUGUAUAUUAUCUUUUUGAAUAUUUUACCCUUUUAUAUAAUAUAUUUCAAGUUA